AUGGGGGCCAAGUCUUCGAGGAUAGCGAGAAAACCGGCUGUUGUUGAGGCGAGGCGCAUUGCUGCUGAGUUCGACGUGUCCGCUGAACAAGUGCGGAAAACCGUGACGCACUUCGUGCGCCAGAUGGAGGAUGGGCUUUCCAAGGACGGGGACACUAUGAUACCAUCCUAUGUCACUGUCCUGCCAACUGGGACUGAAAAGGGCGUAUGUCUUGCUGUGGAUAUUGGAGGGACCAAUUGCCGUGUGUGCAGCGUCGAGCUUCACGGAGAUCGAACCUUUUCCAUUAAGCAAACAAAAUCCACCAUCCCCCCGCAUCUAAGGAUCGGGAGUACGUCUGCAGACCUUUUCUCGUUCAUUGCUCAAGAAGUGGAAACGUUUCUGAGAAAGCACUACAGCAAGAACUACAAAGCACACAAAGCCCAAGGCCGCGACAGCCUAGUCAUCGACAACGAGUCCGCACAAAAGGACCAUCUCCCCCUUGGCUUCACUUUCAGCUUUACUUUCCAGCAGAUCGCCAUUGACAAGGGCAUCAUGGCACGAUGGGACAAAGGAUUCGAUAUCCCGGAUGCCAUUGGCCAGGAUGUUUGUGGGCUCCUGCAGGAGCAGAUCGACAAACUGAAUGUUCCUGUCCGUGUCACUGCGUUGGCAAACGAUACGGUCGGAACACUCAUGGCACGGUCUUACACAUCAUUGGACAACGGAUCACCUAUCCUUGGCGCCGUGUUUGGGACUGGUACUAAUGGGGCUUACGUUGAGAAACGGAAGAACGUCACGAGACUUGGUCCCUCAAACGAGCAGGCGGAGAAUAUGAUCAUCAACACAGAAUGGGGCUCAUUCGACGAGACUUUGACAGUCCUAUCAACAACUCCGUACGACAGGAGGCUUGACGAAGCAGACAUCCAUCCCGGGGAGCAGAUGCUGGAGAAACGUGUCAGUGGGAUGUACCUGGGGGAGCUCUUUCGGUUCGCUCUCCUUAGCAUCUUGGAAAAGUCCGAACAUGGUUUCCUGGGGAAUUGCUCGAAAAGAGACCUCAAGAAUUCUCCGUUAUUCAAGCCUUAUGGAGUGGACACGAGCAUUAUGAGCUCUAUCGAGGCAGACAAGUCUACUCUGCUGUCAGCAACUCGACGCUGUCUCGAGAAAGAGCUCGGUGUUGCACGGGUUUCCAUUGAGGAUGCAGCUAUUGCCAAAAUCAUCGCCGAGGCCAUCGGGCGGCGAGCAGCUCGUUUAAGCGGUGCCGCUAUUGCUGCCGUCAUCGUCAAGACUGGCCGUCUCAACGACUCGUUUGGAGAGGCAAAAUACUUGGACGUGGGAGUAGAGGGUUCCUUGGUCGAACACUAUCCUAGGUUCGAAGAAAACAUUCGCGGUGCGCUACGGGAUGUCUCGGAGAUUGGGCUCUCAGGGGAGAAAAGGAUUCGAAUCGGCCUUGCUAAAGACGGAAGCGGAGUGGGUGCAGCGCUCAUCGCUAUGGUGGCUGAUAAACAAAAGCCACGGAAAGCAGAGACUGUUGUGGAUGGUGCGAGGAAGAAAGGAGUGGAUGUGCAAGAAACAAGGCUGUCAGCUGCAGACACUGGUCCUGCUCCAAUGCAACCGGUUGCUGUAGCUUGA